AUGGAGGAAGCAGAAGCUCCAACACCAUGUCGGCGUCCCAACUUCCCAGCAUCGACGACCAUCUUGUCACUCUUGACAAUCCACCGCGGGCAGACCUUGAAAGAAUGGACCACGCGCGCGGCCGAUGGUCGGCUCGACCCAGCUGCCGAGCGCAGCCGCGCCACCUACUUCAGCACGCACGGCGACGCGGCCGAGUCCAUCCGCCCAAGGCUGCAUCCCUCCCUGGCCGCCUUCCUCGCUGCGCCACACAUGCCCGUUGCUCCGCUCUCCUUCGUCGUUGGAGGCAUGCCAGACCCAGACGGCAACUUGAACGGCCUUUUCGACAUCACACGGCCGACAUUUAGGACGAGCCCGGGGACUCCACCGGCCACCACCUCGCCUCCUUCCUUGUGCACCCGGCCGACACCGAGUGUGCGUUUCCAGUGGGUAAACAUCCCAGAGCGGGCAUCCUCUGGAGACCAUCCUCUCCAACUGGAGAACCCUGUCCGUCUCGGCAAGGCCGUCGCCUCUCCCUCCGACGAACCGGCCCUGUACGGCGGCGACAAGAUCGGAAGAUGGAAGUGGCGGCCGUAUGGCCAUGGCCAGAGAGCGGGGUGCGUCGCGGCGCGGGAUGAGCUCUGUGACGCCAUAGAGGCGGUGCGUCGGCAAAGCAGGGGCGCCAGGGUCGACCAUGACAACCGUCCCAGCGAGGCCUUGCUUACGCCUGCGGCCAUGGACGCUGUCAAAAUUCCGGAUCCCUCUUUCGCACGUGCCUUCCCGACUACUGCUGCCCUUUGA